AUGGACGAGUUGGAUAGAAUGAGUACAACUGACAUGAAAGAAGAGAUCCUCCAGCUUCGCCUCGACAAGAAGGUUUGGAACCUUGUACAUGCCCUUACGGCGAAGCAAGAAGAAAUCGAAAACAUGAAGAGGUCAAGAACAGCGAUCAUCGAAGCAAGAGAGCAGAACAUAAAGAGUCAGAUCCACGUAGCCAUGCAGAACAAUGAGAAGCUUGAAAAGGAUUACGAGAAGUUGAAUCUUCACGCGAAGCAGUUGACAGCGGCAGUGCAGAAGGUUGUUCAAGAAAGAAAGCUUCUUGAGACGCAAAUUCUCGCUUUGGAGAGUGCAAACAAGAAAAAUACGCAGAGCUCAGAACAUCAUACAACUACAUUGCAGACCGAUAUGAAUAUCAACGAGGCCAGGCAAGAAAACGACACACCACUCAGCAUAUGCGACACCAUGUGUUGA